CGAGAAUCCCACCGAGCGACGACUACGACAGACCACGUCGCUUUUACGCAAGUGGCAGAAGUUUUGCAGAUGCUUUCUGGCUAUUCAGUUUUUCCUCAAUAAUAAUCAUUAACAAACGGUGUGCAGCAGCUCCGGGACUCUCGAUUGCAUUUCCGACGUGUUUUUGAUCCUAAUUUUGCGCUCAUAUGAUGUGAUGAAAGCUUUGAAGUUUUCAGGAUUGUUAAAGUCGCUCAGUUGACUGUAUGCCGAUUAUCUGGAGCGAAGAGGAGGUUGUACCACUGGAAGCAGAAAACGGGAUGUAGCGCAGGAUAAAGGCAUCUGCUCAUCCUUCUCAUCGUCAUCCUCCCUGUUCUCCUCCUCUCUGGACAACUUUGGGAAUGGGCCAGCGCCUUGCCUGGGUGUAUCUCUCUGCUCAGUGGUGUGGCUGGCGUCGUGCGAGAGUGAGGAGGGCAGCGGGCAGGUCAUAGAGCCUCCCAACCCCUCUUCGUCACUCGCUUUGCCCACGGGUGACUUUUGGCCUUUGACUGAGCCGCGACCCCGCCUCGACCAGCCAUGCCCUUCGGGUUGAAGCUGCGGCGCACGCGGCGAUACAAUGUCCUGAGCAAGAACUACUUUGUAACACGAAUCCGGCUGCUGGACAACAAUGUGAUUGAAUGCACCCUGUCAGUGGAAAGUACGGGACAGGAAUGUUUGGAGGCGGUGGCCCAGAGGUUGGAACUACGGGAGACCCAUUACUUCGGGCUGUGGUUCCAAGGAAAGAGUCAGACACCAGCCCAGCGCUGGGUAGAACUCGAGAAACCCCUCAAGAAACAGUUGGACAAGUUCGGCAAUGAGCCUCAGCUGUUUUUCGGAGUCAUGUUCUAUGUUCCUAAUGUUUCCCAUUUGGAACAAGAAGCCACCAGGUAUCAGUAUUAUCUGCAGGUGAAGAAGGAGGUGCUGGAUGGACGCCUGCAGUGCACUGUAGAGCAGGGGAUCAGACUAGCUGGACUAGCAGUACAAGCUGACUUUGGAAACUUCACCCACUUUUCAUCCCAGGACUUCCUCAGAGAGUACGUGCUCUUCCCAGUGAAUUGGCCCAAUGGGGAUGAAGUGCUGGAGGAGUGGACCAAGAAAGUUGCUGAGGAGCAUAAGAGUCACUGUGGAAUGCCGCCGGCUGAAGCUGAACUUUUGUACAUCAAGGAGAUGGAAAAACUGGAUGGUUUUGGCCAGGAGAGUUUUCCUGCAAAGGACAACUACACAAACGACAUUUUCAUCGGCAUGUCUUUUGUCGGCGUGUUUGUCAAACACAGAAAUGGCAGAUCCAUCAUGCUCCACAAGUGGAAGGACAUCGGUACCAUAGCACACAACAAGUCAGCCAUCACAGUGGAGAUAACAAGCAGAGACGACACCAUCAAUUUUCACAUGGAGGAUAUGGAAAUGGCCAAGUACAUUGCUCGUCUUUUCACGGCCAGACACAAAUUCUACAAACAAAACAAAAUCUGCACAGAGCCCACUCAUUCUCCUGCACCAAUCAGAAGGAGACCCACGUGGAACCAUCGUCUGUCUCUGCCACGGGCCCAGUCCUGCAACUUCCAGUCUGUGCAUGAGCAUUAUCAGGACAUGCAGAGCUCUCAAGACAGCAUCUUCCAUGAAGAUCCUUACUACAAGUCGGAGACCAGUCUGGAUGUUACUUUCAGAAAUGGGACCGUGCCCAAUGGAAGCAUGUACAGCAGCCCCAGUUUGAGCUCCCUAAAUCGUUCCCAGACGUUCAUCCCUGCUUCGCCCAUGUCGUCCAACCUCAGCAUCCCGAGCAGCGAGCUCAUGCGCCCUGACUACAUCCCCAGCCACCGCCACAGUGCCAUCAUCGCUCCGUCGUACAGGCCCACACCUGAAUAUGAUGCAGUCAUGCGGCAGAAGCGGAGGAUGGUCCCCGCUCACCAUGACUUCCAAAGCCAGUCACUUCACAGUUUGAACAUUAGUAAUGCCUGUGCUUAUCGCAAGCCAGAGGCUCUGGUGUACAGCCAGCCAGAAAUGAGAGAGAGGGGUCCCUAUCAUGGCCCGGGCCCUGGCCCUGGACCUUACACUCCACAGAUUAGUUACAGUAAGCCAGUGUCCCAUGGGCACCAUUCAGGAGGCCUUGCCAGCAGCCAGGGUCCAUGUCAUUCACCCUGCAUUAAUGGAGUCGGAGACAGCAGUGGAGAUGUCGGAAGCUCCAUCUCCCAUACUGUUAGCACACCGGAGCUUGCAAACACCAAACAAGGAGCCAACAUGGGAAAUUAUGCAACUACUGCUAAUAUGUUAAGAAACCACAUGUCACGCCCUCCACCACCUUAUCCUUCCAGCUCUUUCAGGCCGGCGACUAGCACGCCGGAUCUUGCCAGCCACCGGCAUCGCUGCAUCGGGGGCAGCAGCCCAGAACUGGUCACCCGCAUGGUGCAGCUGUCGGUGAAGACCUUCCAGCCAGACAGCUCGGCCGUGGUACAUCAGUCUCUGCAGGAGGUUAGUGAACCUUUAACUGCAGGCGCUAAGCACCGGUCCGCCCUGGACAAGAGGCAUAGCAUGGAGUUCAUCAGCAGCAUGAGGGGAGGUGGAAUGGAAGGCCUAGUGAUGAAGGGGGUGAACACUGCCCUUCAUCGGAGGAAUACUCUCAGAGAGCAUGUGAUGCCAUCCCACCCUCAGCCACAACCACAGCCACCACCCCAGCAGUCAAAGGAGCUUACCAUGCAGAAACCUGUCCAGAAUGCACCUGAGGCUUCAGUAGCGUCACCUACAACAGUGGCUUACCAGCAUCAAAAGACUCUUUCCAAUGCCACCAUGCUGAUACACAGCAGUGAGAGUGAAGAGGAGGAGGAGGAAGAGGAGAGGCCUGAACUGGAUGUUCAGAUCCCAGGCCUCAAUGAGGACAUCAGUAUCAGGGCUCAACUCCAGGCAGCUCUGGCUAAACUUCCUAACAAACCCCCUCCAGACUACCCGGGCCCUCCACGAACUACUGUCAAUGCUCAGAUCCGUGCUCCCGGUCACAGCGCCACUCCCCACCAUAACCAUGAUCAAUCACCACACUGCAAUCAAGGACCUAUGGAUCUAACCCAGACACAAAGUGUUGGCGGAUCUGUGGCUGGGGGUGGUGCUGGUGGGACACUGAUCAGAGGGGAUCAGAAUGGGAUAAAUGGAGCGGUGUUAGGUCCAUCCAUUUCAGAACCAGACCUGACCAGCGUGAAGGAGAGGGUGAGGAAGGAGCCAGUAAAAGAGAGGCCGGUGUCUGAGAUGUUCUCUUUGGAAGACAGUAUAGUGGAGAGGGAGAUUGCUCAAAGGACCCUGGAAAGGCAGAAGAUGUCCGUGGACUCCAUGAGGAGGCCGCUGAUGAUGGCGGCGCUCAACGGUCUGUACGUGGCGAGGAUGCCAGUCGCCCAGAAUCAAGCUGAGGAAGGUGCCAAGUCGACAUCGGACGAAAGGUGCGAAACCUUAGAGCUGAAGCUGGAGGAGGACCGGGUCUUCACAGAGUACGAGCAGGUGCCCAAGAAGAGGGUCGACUCCCUUCUCACCACAGCAACUUUGCCCGAAAACGCAGAGCGCAAUCGUUUCCGCGACGUCGUCCCGUAUGAGGAGAAUCGGGUCGAGCUGGUACCCAACAAAGAGAACAACACGGGCUACAUAAAUGCCUCCCAUAUCAAGGCUAUGAUUAGAGGGGAGGAGUGGCACUACAUUGCCACGCAGGGUCCACUGGCCAACACCUGUGGAGACUUCUGGCAGAUGAUUUGGGAACAGGGUGUCAACGUCAUCGCAAUGGUUACUGCAGAGGAGGAGGGUGGCAGGUCCAAGAGUCACCGCUACUGGCCCAAACUGGGCUCCAAACAUAACUCGGCCACCUAUGGCAAGUUCAAGGUGACCACCAAGUUUCGCACAGAGUACAACUGCUACGCCACCACGGGGUUGAAGGUCAAACACCUGCUGUCGGGCCAAGAGAGGACGGUUUGGCACCUGCAAUACACAGACUGGCCUGAGCAGGGUUGUCCUGAAUAUGUUCCUGGAUUUCUCUCCUACCUAGAACAAAUUCAAUCUGUGAGGAGGCACACCAACUCCAUGCUGGAUACCUCAAAGAGCCUUAAUCCACCAGUCGUGGUGCAUUGCAGUGCAGGUGUGGGUCGUACUGGUGUGGUGAUCCUUGCUGAGCUCAUGAUCAGCUGCCUCGAGCACAAUGAGCCAGUGGAGGUUCCCACCAUGUUGUCAGAGCUGAGGCAGCAGAGGAUGCUGAUGGUGCAGACCAUCUCCCAGUACAAGUUUGUCUACCAGGUUCUCAUCCAGUUCCUUAAGAACUCCCGCCUCAUCUGAGCUGGACCUCACAAUGUCCAGUCUUACAGGAAGUGGCAUGAUGCCACUAGGUAAUGAGAACGGUACUUCCAGGUUAGAUCCAGAAAGAUUUUGAGGAGAAGAUACAGACUCAGCUUUCUGCUUAGCAGUUUGUGUACAUUUGAGUGGAUUUUGGAAACUCUUGUCAAAAAGUGUAAAAAAAAUUAACCACUUCUCCAUAUUGUUUUCAGAUUUAGCUCUUCAUUUCUGUUGCAUCUUGAACAUACAUGUAAAUGUAUUGUCUCCAUGCAGGUCAGGUGAACCGGCAGCUUGUUGCUGCCAGUGUGAAUGUGGGAGAUUUUCUACCUGCUACAAGUUUUUAAAAUGAUUUUAAAAGCCAGUGUUAGAACCUGCAAUAUGCUGUAUGAACAGUAGGUGGCAGCAGUGUUACUACUCUAAACUACGUUUUUUACUUGUUUGCCAAAUUGAGCAUCAAUGUUAAUUUGUUUUUAACAUAAUAUUAAUUAAUGCAGCAAAUAUUGACUUCCACAUUGUAAUAAAUGUUUUUAUUUAUUUCUAUGAAGACUGUGGUCACCUUCACUUCGCCACUCACAGGCAGGCAUACUGUUCCUAACUCAUCUUAACCUUUUUUUAUUCUACCUUUUGUGAAAUGUUCCUGAUACCUCUUCAGUUUUCAUGUGGAGAUUUGCCAGUUAAGACAUUUUGUACUAAGCUUAUACAAACACAAGUACAUUUCAGAAAUAAUAUAUAUGUUUUUUAAUACAUUUCAAAAAUGUAUAGUGCUUAAAUAGAAGAUAAUUGAUGGUUUUGCAACAGUGCCUUACUGUAAUGGAAUUUAUUGAUUUGUUCAAAAAACAAAUAUAUAAAUUGAUAUUUAAUUAGUAGCUUCUGAAAAGAAUAAGAGGCAUAAAACAUCUUGCCAAGAGAAAGAAAGCACUAAAAAAAUAAAACUAAUAAAACCCUAAAAUAUACCUUUAACCCAUAUGUUUCUGUUUUUCUGAACUGUAACUAAGCCAACCAUGUCCACCAUUACUCUACAUAACGGUCAUGUCAAAAUGUUUUAUAUAGUUUCCUUUUAUUAACUUGGUAAGCUUAAAAUACAGAAACAUAAACAAUGCAUGCAUUUUUACAUUUCUGUGUAUAUAUUUUAGUAUAUGUUCUCAGAUAUGUAUAAGCUUUAUAAAAUUAUGGCAUUCAAGAGUUUUUGUUGCACUCCUUUGCUAUUCAACAGUAUUUUCCACGCGGCAUUCCACAGUUUGUUUUUAUAUUUAAUUUUUGCUCCACCUUCCGUUCUCUUUUGUUUUGGCAAAAAACUCCAAAAUAUGCUUCAAAUUAUAUGUACAUAUGUUUUUGUAUAUGCAUUUUGAGUGCAUUCAGUUUUGUUUUCCCACCCCCAGACAUGUAUGAAACUGUUGUACUUGCUUAUUAUGCAAUAAAAGCCUUAUUUUCUUUAA